AUGCUGACGGCGUCGGAGCGCUCCUACCUGACGGGCGUGCCCGAUGCCUGCAACAGCGAGGUGUCCGCCACCGCAAUGGAGCGCCUGCCCAGCGCCGCGGCGUCCUCCACCGGCGGCGGUCGGAAGUGCAGCGGCCACAAGAGCGACGGCCACAAGAGCGGCAGCCACAAGAGCGGCAGCCACAAGAGCGGCAGCCACAAGAGCGGCAGCAGCCACCACAGCAGCAGCAGCAGUGACAGCGAGGACGGCGAUGACGAGCUGCAUCUGGAUGAGGCCAGCAAGGCGUCUCUGCAUAUCAUGGGCACUGCCAUCCCUGCCGCAGUGGUGGAUGGCGGCGAGGGACUCGGGGGGGCCGCAGGCGUGGAGGGCAGCACAGGUGUUAGGGAGGAGGAGGGGGAUGAGGAGGAGGUGCUGGCGGAGGACGGCGCAGUGGUGGUGGAUGCGUGCGCUGACGGGCACGACGGUGAGAGCCGCGAUGGGGCCGCGCAUGCGCACGGCGGUGUGGAGGAUUAG